GACAAUCUAUGUGCAGUCGAAGCUGAGAAUUUACCGGAGGAUUCCAUUGCCCCAUAGACUUCAUCUUCCUCCUCCUCAGCUCUCUGGUUAAUGGAAAAUGCCCUCAGCUUGUCACAAAUGGCUUCCGGAAGGAGGCCCUCAAGAAUCGCCCAAUUCCAACCCCCGAUGGAAUAUUUAUUAAUGUUAAAAUUAAAGCCCAAAACCCGACCUCCACCGUCUCUCGCUUCCGGAGCUCCGACCGGCGAUCUCCCCGGAACCGACCAUCUAGCGUUUCCCAUGGCAUCCAUCGACGAGAAGAAGGACGCCUACUCCGUCUGGGGCCUCCCGCCGCCGGACGUGUCCGAAAGGAUCAAGAAGCUCAUGGAGGGCAUCCGAUCGGAGUUCGGCGGGCCCCGAUUCGAGCCCCACGUGACCGUCGUCGGAGAUAUCAGGCUGACGGAGAGCGAGGCACGCGACAAAUUCCGGCAGGCCUGCGAGGGACUCCAGCCGUACGGCGCCGCUGUCUCGAAGGUGGCCACUGGACCGUCCUUUUACCAGUGCGUUUUUCUCCUGCUUCAUCCCACACCAGAGGUUGUGGAGGCUAGUGACCAUUGCUGCAGACACUUUGGUUAUGUGAGACCAUCAGCAUACAUGCCACACCUAAGUCUCCUUUAUGCCGAUAUCACGGACGAGGAAAAGAAGAGGGUUGAAGAAAGAGUGUAUGCUCUUGAUGAGACCAUUGGCAACUUGGAGUUCCCCAUAGCUCGCGUGGCUCUUUACAAAUCGGACACACAAGACAAAAGCCUCAAAUCCUGGGCGAAGGUUGACGAGUUUGUUUUGCACCAGAUUUCUUGAUAACAAAUGCCAUCCUUGUUUGUGUGAUAUAUCAAGUCUGUUUUAGAUUUUCUUUUUCCUCUCUUUUUAUCUGUUCUUGAUGGUCAGAGCAUGUGUGUAAAGGUGCACUUGACCUUGCUUUGAUGGAGUCGAGUCCCUAGUUGAAAGUUUAAUUACUAAAACAAUGUGGCAUAU